AUGGCUGGCGAAGCUCUCAUCAUCCUUCUUCUCUUAUUCAUUACAGGUGGACAGUCUACGGUGACCUUCAACUACGAGAACCGAUGCACUGAGUCUAUAUGGCUCGGUGCCACCCCAUCAAUUGGUGAUAGUGAUCCUGAGUUCCCUUCAGGAACUUCAAAAACACUCCAAAUGCCUGAUCAAUGGAAGGGUUUCAUUUGGGGGAGGACCAAGUGCAGCCUCAAUGCCACAAAUUAUUUUUCAUGUGAAACUGGAGAUUGUGGUGGCAACAAAAUUUGCCAAUGGCCAGUACCCAAGUCCCCAGUGACCAUACUUAAUUUCACUAUUAACCAACCAGUACAAACCAAUCCCCUUGUGGUCUCCUAUGAACUGAACUUGAACCAUGGGCAUACCGUGCCGGUCCGGAUCCGACCCGUUGGUGGGUCUCUAGUUGGUGGUGGUACUGGACCAUGCCCUGUGGUGGAUUGUGCUAAAGAUUUUAGUAAUGUGUGCCCAUCUAACUUAGUGGCCAAGGGCAAGGAUGGUCGCUAUGUUGGUUGUCUUAGUGCUUGUGAUGCUUUAAAGGAUCCAAAACAUUGUUGCUUUGGAAAUUUUGCUAGUCCUCAGACUUGCCAGCCUAAUGAGUACUCAAGUAUCUUCAAGAAAGCAUGUGGUCUAGCCCACACUUAUCCCGGUGAUAAACAACCUCCAAUUUAUAGCUGCAGUGGGGCAACGAGUUUCAGUAUCACCUUUUGUCCCGCAUAAA